AUGUCCAAGCAAUAUUUGACCACCCAUACGGUGGAUGACGCCCACAUCACAGACAUCUUCUCGCUGGCUGCAACGCAAAGGACAUUGAUCUCGGCCAGCGGCUCUUCAACGCUUCACGUCCAUGACACUACGGACCCUUCCUUUCCUCUGAGGCAGUCCAUUCCUGACGCCCACAAGCUAGGCUGCCACCAUGUCUGCACAUCACGCAACGGCCUGUAUGCCGCCAGCGCUGGCUUCGGGGGUGAGGUCAAGAUAUGGGAGCUGAACAAGGAAACUGGAGACUGGAACAGCGGCGGCGAAAUCACGGGCCCAACCGUCAAGCCAGGUGAAGUGUGGGCGAUUGCUCUCAGCGAGGACGGAGGCUAUCUGGCAAGCACUACAAACGACGGCAGGAUCAAUGUAUGGGAUGUCGCAGACCAGAGUAAAGCCAAGAUCCGGGAAUAUGAGACUGGGAGCGCGGGUUCAGGCAGCCUUGGCAUGUGCGUGGAUCUUAGCAGAGAUGGAAAGUUUACGGCCAGCGGGCACCAGAAUGGCUCCGUCUACGUGUUCAACAAUGACACGGGAAGAAUUCUAUACUCCUUGUCUGGCCUUGCCAAACCUGUGCGAGCCGUAGCAAUCUCGCCGGCCGGUACCAGGGUGGCUGCAGCUGGUGAUGCGGGCAUCAUCGCCAUAUAUGAUACAAAGCACGGCGAACAUGUGGGCAACCUAACGGGACACUCAUCAUGGAUCACUUCACUGGACUGGAGCGAUACUGGUGAGUAUCUGCUGAGCGGCUCCAUGGACGGCAAAGUGAAGGUGUGGUCAAUCGAGCGCAGCGUUUGUGUUGCAACGCAUAGCGAGACGGACAAGGCACUCUGGGCCGUCCGGUGGCUGCCCAAGACUGGGCGCAGCGAGAUGUUUUGCACGGCCGGCGCAAACAGGAGCAUUUCAUUCUACAGGGAGGCAACAGGUAGCUAG